CUGACCAUGGAGUCCUGGUACCUCUUCUGGGGAGGACUCUUGAUGAGGAGUCCAUUGGCCAGGGCUGGAAAGGGUAGGAAGAGUGACAGGGCACGCAGCAAGCUCUGGGUGUCCCAGGACACCCACAAUGAACCUGGCCAUGAUCAGCUUCCCUGGGGCUGUGCCACACAGAGGGGCAAAGCCACCACCAGCCCUAACCCAGCAGGGGACAAGUACGUCCCCAUGGCUUCAGGGUAGUGCACAUUACAUUAUGCCCACGUCCUCCCCUCCAGAGAGUUCAUAUCCUCUGGCUCCUGCUCCAUGUUGGCAGAGAAGAACCAGGGCAUCCUCAUGGUAAGUGGAGACACAAGGGCUCUGUGGUAGAGAAAACACCACGGAGGAAAAGAGACAAGGGGAAAAAUGCCUACCCGUGAUGGCUUGGGAGGGGGCUGGAGGGAGCCUGUACCAAGGAGGAUGCCCGCCUGGCUCUGUCCUGCUCAGGUGAAGGGCUGCAGGGCCCUCAACACCACCAGUGUCCUCACCGCAGAAGUAGGCAUCAUCCUGGUGCUCUGCAAUGAACUCUGCAAUGGGCCUGCACUACAGAAGGAGCUGUGCAGGGCUAGGGGGUCUCUUAGGCAUCCUGCUGAUGAUCAAGCUGGAGACCUGCAUCACCCUUGUCUGCACCUGCUUUGGGUGGCAAACGCAGCAGGUUACCUUCACACAGGCCCUCAUUGCAUGUCAGCCCUGCAGCCACCCACCUGUGUGCAGCCCACUAUGCUGCAGCCUCAGACUAAAGGUUCUUGGUGCCAGUUUCCAACCGGCCAGGAUAGCCCCAUGUGGACACUCCAUGGCCAGGUGCUCUGAGCCUAGGGAAUCAGCUUCAGCAGGUGCCCUCUGAUGGACAGGGACAAUGGCUGAGACCAUUUCCUGGUGAAAAAGGUCAAGCUCAUGGGGCAGGCCCUCCCGAUCCUCAUCAAUACGGCUUGUCUCAGUUUUGUUGGGGUGACCUCCAUUAUCUGUGAGCCCUCUUUGAUCUACUGGACUUUGACUGUGGCCACUGGCUAUCCAUUCUGCGGUGGCCUCAUGGUGCAUACAGGUGACGGGGCAUCUUCUGAACCAUGGGACAGGCCACCAGGUGAAGGGCAGACCAGGAAUGAACAUACUUAGUGCCAUGUUUGCAGGAACUGAGACCAUCCUCUCAAUAGUAGAGCUGGCUAGAAAUGAGGUGUACAAAUUCUCAUCACCUCUUCUCUCGCCGAUGGCAGCCACAGUGACGGACUCUGGUGGCAUGAGGAUCAUCAUGGAGGUCAUCCCAGCCACAGAUUCCUCAGCAGCCCAGCAGACCUCCAGCUCCAGGCCAUUCACACCUGCCGCCUCAUCCUUUCAAGUCUACAGCUUCAGAAGGGCUCAGCCCAAAGUGCUAGGGGCCAUCCACAUUGUCACUGGCAUCAUACGCUUCUGCUUUGGGAUCAUCUUGACCAUGGCAGAACAUGAUAUUCCUUCCAUCACUGUGGCCAGUGGGGUCCUCUUCUGGCUUGGGCUCCUGCUCCUGGUCACAGGGUCUCUGCUGGUGGAAAGUGGAAAAAGAGAGAACAUCCUGCUGGUGAAGACCUGCUGCAUCUUCAGCAUCGGGGUCAUUCUGAGCACCCUUGUGGCCACCAUUGUCCAUGCCAUGGCUAUCACUACGAACCUUCCCGGGUGCGAGCAUAGCUGGCCUCACCAGCUGAGAGGGGAAAGGUGCUUCAACACUGACAGAAAGACCUUGAGUGACAGUUUGAACUCGAUGUUCAUCAUCUUUUGCCUCCUGGAGUUCUGCACAGCAGUGGCAGCCAUGACAUUUGGUUAUGGUGCCAUCAAGCAACACAACUACAGGCGCAUGGUUUUGUAAGGUGGACAGAGCCAGCAUUCUUCCAGACCAA